GAUAAAUCCGACCUUCUGCUUUUACCGCAGCAGCAGAAGAAGGAGCUCAGCCAAACAUCCCUCUGAACCGCUAGUCCAGAUCUUCUCUGACUGAAACCGAACCGAGCCGAGCCGAACAUGAACGAGUCUGCUGGAGUCCGUUUCCGGCGGCUGCACCGAGCUCAAGUGAUCACAGAGGAACUUCCGGAGCGGAGACACAAAGGAGGCAGCUCCUACAGUGGGAAGGUGUUCCGGGUCACUCUGCUGUCUCUGGGCGGUUUCCUGAUUCUUCUUCUUCUCAUCAUCUUCCUCAUCCUGGAGUCUCCCAUCCAGCCAGAGGCCUUCAGCUUGAAGGAGCCACCCCAGAUGAAGGGCUGCUGGGAGCCCAACCUGCGGCUCAGGGAGGCCCGGCGGCUCUACGAGGACCAGCUUCUGGGUCCAGAGUCCAUCGUCAACAUAGGGGAUGUUUUCUUCACUGGAACAGCUGACGGCAAAAUCCUCAAGCUGAUUGGACGGAGAAUUGUAACCUUGGCAACGCUCGGCAGGCCGCCAUGUGGCACCAGGGAGGACGAGCCCACCUGCGGGCGGCCCCUGGGCAUCAAGGUGGGGCCUAAUGGGACGUUGUUCGUAGCUGACGCCUACCUAGGCGUGUUCGAGGUCGACCCUGCCACAGGUGCGGCGACCCGGCUGGUGGCGGGGGGGCAAGAGGUCGGCGGCAGGAAGCUGUCGUUCAUCAAUGACGUGGCGGUGACUCAGGACGGCAGGAAGCUGUACUUCACCGAUUCCAGCAGCAGGUGGCAGCGCCGGGACUACCUGCACCUCAUCAUGGAGGCCACGGCGGACGGACGCGUGCUGGAGUACGACACGGAGACGCGGGAACUGACAGUCGUCAUGGAGAACCUGCGCUUCCCCAACGGCAUCCAGCUGCUACCGGACCAGGAGUCGGUUCUGGUGGCCGAGACCACCAUGGCCCGGAUCCGCAGGGUCCAUGUGGCGGGCCUCAACAAGGGGGGCAUGGAUACGUUUGUGGACAACCUGCCCGGUUUCCCGGACAACAUCCGGCCCAGCUCCUCCGGGGGAUACUGGGUCUCCAUGGCGGCGGUCCGGCCCAACCCCGGCUUCUCCAUGUUGGACUUCCUGUCCCAGAGACCCUGGGUCAAGAAGCUCAUCUUCAAGCUCUUCAGCCAGGACGUCCUCAUGAAGGCCGUCCCUCGCUACAGCCUGGUGGCCGAGAUCCAAGAUGGCGGCGUCUGUAGGCGGAGCUUCCACGACCCCAACGGCCUGGUGGCGGCCUACGUCAGCGAGGCCCACGAGCAUCAUGGGAAACUCUACAUUGGAUCUUUCCGCUCGCCCUACAUUGCCGUGCUGGACCUGCAGGGAUUGUAGAACUGGGUCCGGCCUCCCUCCCUGUUGGUUCUGAUGACCCGGUCCUGUUUGGAUCAGAACUUUGGGACUUUAAAAGAUGCUGUUGGAAGCUGAGGGGUCCAGUCUGGCCCGGUUCUGGUUCUGUUGCUCCGUCAUUAUUUCAUUUCAGACUGAAUGUUCCUGUGUUACUUCCCCUAAUCCUCUGCUGUAGUGCUGGCCCGGUUCUGCUGGCCCGGUUCUGCUGGCCCGGUUCUGCUGGCCCGGUUCUGCUGGCCUGGUUCCACUGGCCCGGACCAACUUUGACCUGCUGAAGAACUCAAUGGGCUGCAAGGGACAGAACCAGAACCUGCAAGUUCCAGGUCAAAUUCAGUCCUAAUUCCGCUCCUGUUUCUGGUCCUGGUCCCGGUUCCGGUCCUGGUUCUGAACCCGGACCCAGUCCCGGUUCUAAAAAUUGUGAAAAAGUGAAAUCAGGGGAGUUAAUUGUGAUUCGUGAACUUGGUUCUGGUUCGGCCCGGUUCCGUCUAAUCCAACCUGUAGACCUACUGGACUCUGGAGGUUCUAGAGAAUAGAAGAACCGGGUCUGGAUCUGCUGCAAGUCUUUAUUCACUCAUCAUUUAAACAGAACCGUAUCCUGAUCAGAACCGGUUCUGAUUUUGGAUCAGAGCUGGUUUCAGAUCAGAACCGGUUCCUGGUGGUGCGAUCUGCACAGCAGCUCCAGGGUUUCCCGCCCAGGAUUCCAGGGGAUCAGCCAGAGCUCCAGGUGACACCGGAAGGUCUGGACAGAGACGGGUCGGUCAGAACCUCCAGAACCAUCAGGUCCUCCUGCGACUCAGAUCCAGACUCACCUGAGCCAGCCGGCCCGGAGGCUGGAGGCGGCACCGGUUCAGGUCCGAGGUCCGGUUCCGUUUUGGACAAACCGUCCUGGAGAUCUGGAAGUCCACGAUGUACCGGAUCCCUCUGACCACCUGGAACACAGAGCGGGUCAGUUAGGUUUUUCUCCAAUCCGGAACCGGACCUGGGUCCAGACCAGAACUGCAGGAACAGGUCCGCUUCAGCAGAACUUGGUUCUGGUUCUCACACCUGAAUCUGAACAUGCUUUUAUUUUGAAAGGAGGUAUUGUUUCUUGUGAGCAGGUUCUGCAGCGGAGAAACGGGUUCUGGUUCUGUUGAGCCCUUCUCUGAUUGGCUGAUUGCUUCGUCCAACCACCUGAGCUUCUAAUAAACUACUGUUGCUUUAA